UGAAUAGGAGUAAGAGGGUCUCUCGUUAAAAAAGACUCCCUUUUUUUCAGUCCCAAUAGCCUAUGACAUGGAAAAUAAUUGGUUCAUUUUAGUGGCUUCGUUUAUAAUCUUCUUAUCACCUUUCAGGUAAGAUUAAUUGUUUACAAGAUAUCUUUAGUGAUGAGUAUAAGUAAUCAGAUGAUUUCGAGCGCUAUUAUGGCAUAAAUCAGCGCGUAUAAAUUUUUGAAAGGCCCAAUAAUUUCAAUACUUUCGUCAAAGCCGUUUUUGGAGGCCUAAGACUUUAAGACAGUUGUUUGUGCUUUGUUGGAUGCUUUUGUUCUUGAGUAUUUUUCUUCAAACUCUGAAUUAAAACGUUGUUGCUUCUUCCUAACCUGUGCACCAUUUCGCUAGGUUAUGCUUGGCGACUUUCCUACCAAUUUCAAUAUUUUGCACAGAAUUCCAAAUUCUUGUACUAAAUUUCAACUCUUUGCACUAAAUUUACACUUUUUGCACUCAAGAUCAAGAUUUCACAGUUUUUGGGAUUAACUGACGUGUUGUCAGCCUUUGAGUUUUCUAACGUUUUUGCAUGCAUUUAAGUAAAAAGAAAAAUUAAACUCUUCUCAGGCCCUUAAAACAACAAUUAUGAUAGAUACGAAUUUCAUCAAACUAAAGUUACCAAAUUUUAAAUUAGUAAUGAAGUGUUAGUGACAUCUCUCUCUUGUCAGAGCUGUUUUAAAUGAAUCAAAGAGAACUCUUCCUUAGAGUGAAAAUAAUUCUAAUUACAAAAAUGCUCUUUAAAUUUAACAAAUUGGUUCACACGUCAGCGUGCGUUCAUCGAGAUAUGAAGCACGCGGGAAGUUUGGAGAGCACAAAAGUUGCGUAAGAGUUGCUCGAGGCGUAGCCGAGAGCGACGCUAGCUUCUUGAAAAAUAGUAUUAUAAUCUUUUUAUAACAUUUUCAAUUCUUUUUUCUCAGAGGGAUUUGUUUGCUGACGUCAUGAGCGUGCACAAUAGGAAUAUGAAGCACGCUCACGUAAUUGAAUUUGACAAGAAAAACUGGAUCAAUAUCAGUAUCUGGGCAGCGGCCCACCUACUCCUCCCCUAACCCAACAUUAACCUUAACUCGUUGUGAAUUGACUGUUUGAGUUAGGGGAGGGGUAAGUGGGCAGUUGCCCAGAUACAGAUAUUGAUCCGACAAAUUUACUAGCUAUGUUAUAAAUCUUGUUGAUCCAUCAGUUUAUUGACUCAUACACUGUUCAUUAUUUUUAAUCCAUGAAAAAGUGAAGUAUUGUGUUCAUCUAAGAUUUCGUCUUUGUUGGCAGACGAAAAGACGAACUAAAAACGUCUAAUCUUUUGGACUAGUUCGUCCAUUUCAAUUUGGUUAUCAGUUUGCUUCCGGUCAGUAACCCUUCAGCUCUAAUUUCUUUAAAUUAGAAUGAAACAAUCACGUCUCCCCGCUCUUCAGAAAAAGCAAUCAAUUAUGCAUAUUUUUAUCAAAUUUACUUACACGUAUAAGGUUUAAUUUCACAGGAAUAAGUAAGUGUCGCUAGCGAAGAAUUUGAAAAACAUUUACGAAUUCUUCUUGUCUAAAAAAAAAACAAAUGUAGAAACCUAUAGAUAUCUAGGCAACCGCUAUCUUUCUUGUGGAAUUUAAUUUUCAUUUUACUUUUUGAAAAGAUAGGCAAAAUGGUAUUAACUGUUUUCAUAUCACGGAUAAAAAAUAUAGAGAGGUAAAAGAAAAGGAUCAUAUAAAUUGACAUCAUCACUGAACUGAUUUACUUACAAAAAGUGAAAUUUAUAUCAACCGUGAUGAUUACCAUGGAGACGUGAAGGUAUGACCGUUGGCGUUUCACCCGGGUGAUGUCUUUUAGCCGCUUGCGGGUAGUGGUUAACUUCUUUCCGUUAGAGUAAAGAGAAAAAAUUUUAUGUUUAGUAUUUUUUACCACUAACGGCUCAAAAAUUGUCUAUACUAACCCCUAAAGUCUAAAUUUUUUCGCCGUUUUAUGGCUGAUGGUUAACCCCACUGAGAACCUUAUUAAUGCGAGAUUGUUAUCGAACAUGAAAACACGUCGGAUAAGUACAUUUCUUGUCCAAAACGUCUUCGUAAAAAGUCUUCGACGGGCAUAUCGGAAAAAAAUUAUUUUUCAAUUAAUUUUAGAACUUAAGUUUGUGUCCGUCCACGUUGGAAAGACUAAUGCGUCAUUUUCAGUGACUAUCAAAAAGUGAGUGUGUUUCGGGACGCAUAAUGACAGGUCAGUGAUGCAGGCCGAGCAGGGGCAUAAGUUUCCUUUCCACUGAUGAAAAGUCACUCAUUUGGAACAAUCAAAAGAGUUUCACUCUAAAAUCGUUAAACUUUAGAGGGCCGGAAUUGUUCUACAUGUCCUUUUAAAAUGAAUGGUUAACUUUUAUCGUAACUUCAAGGUCGCCCUUUAACAUUGACCUUGCAUAUGUUGGCGUUAGCCAUAAACUGAUAUUUUUGCAAUUUAUUUCCGAUGGUGUACGAGCCAAAAUCAGUGAAUCAGCCCAAGUUGUGUGAGAGAGAAAAUUGGGGGUGUAUUCAGUGAUCUGAAAAGUUUUAAUUGCCAAAAAAAAAAAAAAAAAAAAAGGGGAAAGGACUCAAACCGAAGAAAAACGUGAAAAAGUAGGCAUCUAAAACUUGCACGCAUUGAAGCUCACGAAAUCAAAUAUCAGCUGUACGUGGUGUACUUUUCUGUCCUUUGUAAUAUCUAGCUCACGCACCGUUAGGUGUUAGGGUUGGACAUUCCCUAAAUUCUAACCUCAAGUGGUCAAGAAAAACCAAACAGAACGUGAUCUACAUUCGUAUUGGUGGAACGGAGAUAAAGCCUUUGAAAUUAUUUCGGUUGACGCCUUUCGCUGAAACUGACUGUUCACAGUGCUUUGAACAGUGUGCGACAGUACCUCUCUCCUGAGUUGGGUUGAAAUGAAGCUUUUAGUUACCAUUAUUCCCUUGUUCGUAGGUCUAUCGACAUUUUCACGGUAAGCUUUCGCUUUAAUUUAUUUAUCAAGAUAAAAACAACAGUGCGAUUAAUGUGUCCUCGUUGUUGUAAUAAUACCUUUUCUGUCGUAAAGAAACACUCUAACGGUUGUAAGCUUAUCAUCUUGUAUAAAAAGUAUACAGGUCAUGCGUGAGAAAUUUAAAAUUUAGUGCGCCACUUGCCCUAACACACAAAGUAGUUGAAAGGCGUGGAGAAGCCGAGCUCAAUUUCGCAACGGAAUGAGUGCUUUGGUUUGUUAUAACUAGGGGCACUGUAUUCUUCCUACUUCCUAUGCAUUCAUAUUUUUGUUUAUUCAAUUAUUUGCGCAUAAGCCAAGUUCUGAAUCACAGCUGGAUUACUAUUGAUCCUGACCGAGCUAAGAAAACGAUGCGCAUCUAUCUGCAUCCUAGUGAGAUAUCACCGCUAAGGUCGAGAAAGAGAGCUGCAUGGGAUCAGUUUGUAUUGUAAUGGAAAUUAUCAGCACUUUGGAGUAGUCACUCUAUCAAAAGAUAAACUGUAAGGAAAUGAAUUGAAAGCUGCCAGAUCAAAAAUCGCCUUUUAUGGUUUAAGUAUGGAUUGUGCUUUUUUUGGCCACUAAAGCCACGCUGUCAUGAAGCAAUGAUCAUUAUAUUUGAAUAAGUCACCUUCGCGCUCUAAACUAUGGAAAAUAACUGACACGACUCUUAUCUGUUGCGUAAUUUUUACGCACGAUAGGUUUCAGCUCAAAAGACGCUUUCGUUCCAUAUCAAUAAACUUGAUUUAUGUAUUGUGUGCAUGUAUUCCGCGACAACAAACACACGAAUACUAUUUAAGGUCAAAGUGGCUCAAAAUGGUUUCAUUUUCCUCAGAACCAGGUCUUUGAUGGUUCGAAUUCGUGGUUACUAUUUUAAAACUGAUCUUUAGAUGUGCAAAAGUUUACAAAUGUGACCUUUCGCCCCAUCAGUCGGUUGGUAGUCAGUAAAGGGCGUGUUCGCUCAUCUGGAAAAAUACGAGUUUAUCGGACCAAAACUGUAGAACGGUAUGUAGCAUCGAUGUUAUGUCGGCACACUGGAUUUUAAGCAUAAUAAUGAAGCAGAAGAAUCGAGUAUUACACUGGAAUAAUAACGCAAAAUAAAUUAUUAAACAAACAAUAACUUAAAGAAACCAUUACAUUGAUUGUACUUAUUUUUAUGUUAAUUAAAAUGGAGCCUAACGGUGAUGGUAUUUGAAUUUUAGAGUGACAUUUUCUGAGCACAAAGAAUUAGCAUAAUAAUGUAAAACAUGGAGCCUAACUGAACAAAUCUAAUCAACACCCUUCUGUUAAUCUGCGCUCGUAGGAAAGCUUUGAGAAAAUUAAAAAAAGUAAGAAAGCGUUCCAUUUGAUUGAAGUAAAGUGAGAGAAUUGGAAUUCGACCGUCAAGCUCCAAAACAAGAGUACACCACAACGAUGAUUUUUUUUUUUGGCCGAAGAUCAUUGGUUUUUAUUCCAAUAUCGGAAGCAAUACUUAGAAAGUGAACAAUACAGUACUAAUACAAUUUACGUUAAAAUACUUAUAGUACUAUUAAUAAAAAUACGUUGCUUAAAUUUUUAAUAAGGGAGAGUUUCAAAAACAACAACAAAACACAUUAACACCAGUAAUGUAAAGUAAAUAUAAUUGUCAACAAGCUAGGUUAAAAAUUACGAUACAUGCUGGAAACAAAGUUCUUCGUGCCUACACCGAGAGUAAAAAAAAAUCAUGCGUUGUCAUAUCUGGUGGUUUCAACCAGAUGCUGGUUUUUCCUAUUGAAUCGAAUGGUGUCGUUUUUAGAAAAAAAAAGUCACCUUAUCAGCUUUUGAUCGUGAGUGUACACUGUCUCAAGUGAGAGAGAACCAAGAAGGCAUACAGAAUUAAAUGACUUGUCCAGGAGCCCAUUGUGGGCUCCUGCUUGUCUUAUUAACCGACUGGCGGGGAUUUCGGCCGUGUCACAAUAAUAUUUACCUGAUCCCUCCAUCAGGCUCUGUAGUAUUCUAAAUUCUGUUAGCGACGAUUCAUCCUCCCUCCGUUCCCCCUGAAGACCAACUGCCCCCCCGAAAAAAUUCUCCAAACACCCCACCGCCUCCUAAGGCCGAUAUUGAAUUUUUAUCAGACCCUAACAUCCAUUCUGAAUGAUUUUUGCUUUGCUUUUGGUUUAAGGUUUGCCUCGGCUGUCGACUGUGAGGUGUCCUUACCUCAACACGCCUCCCCUGAGUGUGCAGCCAUCAGAAAUGCUACUCUAGACAAACUCAAAGAAACUUAUACCAUGAAACCAAGUCAAUACGGCUUUGUGCUGUUGAACAUGACCAUUUCUGAGCUGGGAGCUGUCGCCCUAAAGGAUCCAUUUAUCAGUUACUACGUCAGAGCAUACGUGGGAAUGACCCAGACAAAUAACCGGAUUUUAGCGAAGUACAAUAACGCAACUGCAGGACAAGAAAUAACUGGAUUGUCGGACUAUCUCGAGAUGUCAGAGUUUUUCCAGACAGUUCUAGAGCCAAUACUUGGGGUAAAUAUAAUUUUCUUCCCUGUUUAUGAUGUAAAGGUGUUUUGAGACCUGCUAGAGGGCUCCACGAUUGGACAGCACAGCCAUUGACAAAGCCCUCCUUACUAAAACUUUCUUCAGGAGUUCUUCACCUCGAUAAAAAUUUCACACGUGCAAAACAAAAAACAAAUCCUGAGGUAAAAGGUUCAAACUUCUUCGUUCCCGUACACGGGAAUUUCCCUCUACAUAGCGUAGCUUUGUUCGGGUUGUUCCACUGAGCUCCCAUGUUGAAGUUAGGGGGACUUCCAAGAUGAAUCCUGAGCGAGAGGAACAAUCUUUUUUACUGUGGUCUUCGUUGCUGAGUUCCAGAUGAUGUCUCUUUUUCAGUUCUCGUUUCUAUUCUUCAGGUAUUCUCUAGAUUUUCUAGAAUUUUCCACCAUCCUUCCACCUUGUGAGCUCCACCUCCAGGCUUGUUUUCACAGUAGCUGGUCUUACCAGUGGCCUUUUCUCGUAGCAUUCGACCCACUAAGUCCAUUCCUGUAAGGUUGUCAUCUGAUUCCAGUCAAUAAACAAAUUAAUUAAUUAUUUUUUUGCCUCUAGGAAUAUAUGAGGUCGGCUUCAAGGCACGAAGCAUUUAUCGACGACAAAACCCAAUGGAUUAGCGAUAAAUUUUUCGCUCAGCAGCGCUUAGCAGGGAAUAACCCGUUGGCAAUCAGACGGGUAACCAUGAAAGGUCAGUAAGGUAGAACUCAUUUUUAAUGCACGGCAAGAGAUUAUCAACCGACCUAUAAUUUCUUGUAUAGGGUCAAGUCUGUACUGAAACUAAAUGACCCACCCAGAGAAACGCCAUGGCCCAAUGAAUACUGCGCAGGACGCCGGGUCGAGUCCUGGCUUUGUCAAUGAGUAUUGUUCUUGGAAAAUAUAUUUGACGCUCACAUUGCCUCUCUCCACCCAGGAGUGUAAAAGGGCACCGGCGAAUUGUCAGUAUGACCGACAAAAUUGUGACAAACGUAUGCCCGGGGCAGGUGACAGUGGGAUCAUUGUAGUGUAUUAUGGGCCUCCAGAUCAGCUGAAUGACAUAUUAACACAAAUGAGUACGUAGUGACAGACGGAUGGACAGCGACACUGAACUGCCUACUGAUAGUCUUAGGCUGCGUAACUGACAAACUGAUGUAGUAUAUAUAUACAUAUAGUAAUACUGACUGUUUGCCCUGCCUUAGAGAUAAAGACAAUUUUUAAUGUAUGCAACUUAGGAUGUGCAGCAAAGACAAUUCAAGGGGCGUGUUGCCGUUUCCCGUUUAAAUAUCGUGGUAAAGUUUAUCGUCAGUGUACGAGGGUAGGAAGCCACAGGCCUUGGUGUUUUACGGCGGCAAAGAAAUGGGGAAAGAGACUGAAAUGGGGAUAUUGUGCAGGUAGAAUGAAACUUACUCUGAUAAUUCGUUCAUUAAUUGUCUUAAAUCAUAUUUCACUUUGUUGUCUUCCAUUAACUCAUGCGUUUAUUUUUCUUUUGAUUGAUUUUUCAUCUUUUGAUGAAAAAUUAAAACUGAUCCUACACUUAACAUACUUCAACUAAGAAUGCAUGCUCAUGAUUUCACAACAGCAACACUUAGCGUUGCACCUAAUGAUAUUUCUACGAGUUGUUACAGAGGUGCCAGAGCAAAAGAAUGAAUAUGACUAAAUGGUAAAGUUUCAUACCCAAUAUACGACACAAACAUAGAAACCCAUGUUUAGCGCCAAUCUCUUACCCAGAUCGUACCGUGUAAUUGUAACUGCUUGGCCGUGAAAGGUCUUGGUAUGAGACUAGUUCAGUCCUUAAAGCGGACACAAUUUUACCAUAAAGCCCACAAAACCCAUUUUGUUGUAGUUCUCGACGUUUUAAUUUUUAAGUUAACAUGAUCACCACACUUCUUUCUCAGAACAAGAACCAGAAAUAUCAGGACUGGAUUUCGGUAUAUUGAAGAAGACAAUGAACCUUGACUUUGACUGGGAUGGUGCCGUCAGAGCGGCUUUGGGAACUGGUGGUUCUUUGGAAGAUGUAUGUUCGCUUAAUUUGUUAACUUCAGUGACAAAAGUCUGAGGUGUGAGUGUGCAUAAAAAUCUCCUCGCGGAAAAAUGGUGUCUCUGAGCUUUUAACAUCAGGUUUUUCAUUUUGAUUUGUCUUAGUCUUUAACUAUGACAGGAAAGUCUAGGAACGUUUCAACUUAUAUGGCCUAAUCCUUGUUUUUAUUGUACUUUAGGCGAUAAAGCAGGGUCGCAUUUAUGCUCUUCGUUACGAGUUGUGCGACGAUUUGGGUCGAGCUCCUGACCUCACAGAAAGAGACCCUCAGAGGGAGAUGUGGAAUUUCCUUUCUCCCAUCGCUUUUUUUGCAUCAAAGACGGUUAGAGGAAAAAGGAAUGAAUUUGUACCUGUUGCUAUACAAAUGGACCACCCACCAGGUUAGCUACAAUAGACGUUUUGGCAAAUAAUGAGACAAACACCAUUGCAUAAGAGUGACGACUGCACUCAGAAAAGUUACCACCAGUGGAAAUUGUGGAGGAAUUCCUGAUACCUAACUGCACUAUGUUCCUGCCUCUGUUACUCGUAAUUUAGAGGCAUGAGUUCCGUUACUGUAAUCUUAAACCCUCAAGACUCACUUUAACGUUAUUUAUAUCAUCUUUGAUAGAUUCAGCGGUGUAUACUCCAGCCGAUGGAGACAACUGGUUACUCGCCAAGCUUAAUGUUCAGAUCACAGACAUCGGAUAUGCUCAAAUCACUGAACAUCUUGCCAAGGUAAAAUCAGCUGAACUGUUCAUUUAUUACUAGGAAUUAUUCAUUUUUCGUGUAACAACAAGAGGAAAAAAUAUUAACACCCAAUUUUCUAUCGAAUUUAUUUGCAAUUUGGCCGACAGAUUUAUGGUCCCUCUGAAAAAAACUACCCUCUUUUUUACCUUUUGUUCGCUUUUUUUCUUGAGGGCAUAUUCAAACCCUUAGCCUUCUAUUGGUUAUCGGAUGCUGCGUACCUACUGCACUGGCCUUUACGUACAGCUCUUCUUAACAAAACGGCUGGUUAUCAAAACACAAAAAGAAAAUAAUAGCAAAGAGGUAAUAUCGCAUAAGAAGAUCAAUUCUAUCCCUAUUUUAAAAAACAAAACAAACCAGAACUAAACUGAAUCAAAACAAAACCAGAGGUGUAGGGUUUGGAUUAUUAUUGGGGAAAGUGAUUUACUAUCAGUUUCAAACCAGCCCUUUCUGUAAUAUGAAGUGUCAUGUCGAGUAGUAGACAUCCAUAAAUAAGUGAAGAAUAUCUUCUUCCAAUCCUAUAGAUCCAUUUCUUUGUGGAGCCCUUUUGUGUCUCUUUAAAACGUACCCUGCCGCCCAUGCACCCGUUGAACCAAAUGCUGAAGUAUCAUUGCCGAGAAGUGACCAUCCCAAAUACAUUUGGAACACCUGUUCUUCUAGGCGAUACUGGAUUCGCAGCUUUGCUGUUUGCAUAUGGAAAAGAAGGGGCUUUAAAGCUUAUUCGAGAUGUACAUCCAUUGACAUCAUGGGAAAUAACUGACUACAGGGAAAACAUCAAGGUAUUUUUUAUCCCUCACGGUACCUAGCUUGAAAUAUACCAGAGGGUAUCACCCUUGCGCUACAUAUCUAAUACUUCUUUAGAUUAUCUACGUUUCUGUGGCGUAAAAGCAUAUUUUUACUUUCCCAACAAAAAAAUACUUCGUCUGGAAUAUCUUAAUGUGUCCUUUUCAGGCUUCUCCUGAAAAAGUAUCCUAACUGUUUAAGGGUGUAGAAUGGUCUUCUAGAUACUUUUAUAGAAGCGCAUAGCCAUUCAGAUCUGAGGAACGAUCCUACAUUUUCAUGUAAAUUUACGAGAAUUUGAACAAACAGAAAACUCUACACGACAAUUCAAAUAUGCAGGACUUUCGAGCUAAUCGUGCAUAGGCAAAAAUGAUGAACACUUGAAAAGUUUAAGGGAGCAUUCACCACUUCCCAUUUGUAUGUUAUACAAGAAAGGAUACUGAGAGUAAUGGUGUUUGUCGAAACAUUUUAUACUAGACUGUGAUAUAGUAUCACCAAUGUAUAGAUUCUUCAUACUGGUGGCCUCCUAAUUUCAACUUGUUGAAUUUUUAACUAAAUUGUAAAUUUAUCUAUGUUGUUGAGCGCACCUAUAUAAUUCAGUUCUAAUUUUGGGAGUUAACUUCAAGUAUUUCAAAAUUUCCUUACGGUAAUCAAUUAAGGUCAUUUCAACCAAGCUAGUGUUGCUUUAUUUUAACCAGAAACGUGGAAUGUUCGAUAAGAAUCUUCUACCAUACUAUCCUUUCCGAGAUGAUGGUUUGGUGAUCUUAAAAGUAAUCGAAGAUCUAGUGAGGAGUUACAUUGACUUGUAAGUGAAACCGUAGAUAUACAUUCGACUCGAUAUCUGUAUAAUCUGUUUAUUCUGACUUGUAUGAUCUGGUUUGACAAAAAUGAAAACAAUAACAGUUGAAUAAAGGAAACUAAACGAAACGAAACAAUGCGAAAUGAAAUAUUACCCACGAAAUUUGUAAGCCUGAAGGAAAACUUGAUCCACCAAACGCAAAACUCAUGAGCACAUGGUCUAGACCAUAAUACGCAUAUCUAACCCAGUACCGCGCGGGCAGAGCAAAACUAACUGAGAUGUUUUGCAAUCAACAGAAAUUGUAUGCUGCAAUGUUCUAAAUCCAUGCUCUAAGGAGCAUUGAGAGAAUUUUCUUGUGAAUAGGAAAACAAAUGAAGGAAAAAAAUGGGUAACCGUUCUGAUAAUGACGGCAUACAAUGGUUUCAUUUUUUUUUUCUUUUGUGCCGAUCGAUCAAAGCUUUGUUUGACUUAGACGACACUUAGGAAUAAAAGUUAAAAAAAAAUGGGGAAGCACCAAACUGGUAGUACAAAAGCAAGAAGGAACAAAAACUGAUGCCUGAGAUGGAGGAGAUUAAAAAGGAUUCCAAAUGAAGAUUUUGUAAAUUGAUUGGUUCAACGUUUUUUUUCGUUGCACACCUCACGACGCAGCACUGUUAAGUUAACAAUCUAGACUAGUGGCGAUCAAAGCAGGGAAUGAAAAUCAAAUUCAAAUUUUGUGAAUUUUUUCGUUUAGGUAUUACAGAAGUGAUCAAAACGUGAAGGAAGAUGUGGAACUACAGGCGUACCUGAAUGAGGUGUCACUGGAUGGAACUGGACCGAAUGGAGGAAUUGGUCAGGUAUAUUAAAAUGUGGGUUAUGGAAAACCUCAGGUGUACCAAAACCAUUGUUAGUCAUACCCAUCUGAUGAUGUAUUGAUGUCUUUAUUGAAAACUUGUGCAGCAUGAUGCAUGUACCCACAAGGUUCCUUAUAGAUUGUCACUUGGGGUUGGGUCAGUACAGAUCAGUACAGGCAAUGAGUUCGAAACAAAACCGAGGUGUAACAACAAACACAGGUUGUACGCUUGCUUGAGAAGAACGACCUAACGUAGCCUUAGGAACCAAACUGGCUGAUCGCGAGUGACUUACGCUUCUUGAGUAAGCCACGUCACAAUGUACACAUCACAAAAUUGAUCAAUCAGUUUUAAAAGACAAGAGUUGUAAACCGCCUCAACUUACAAAGAGCUUCUUAUUUGAUGCUGAUGAUGACUUUCGCCUUGGGAUCAAACCGCUAGCCACAACUAUAGAUUAACGUCAUUAACGUCAAGAUCUGAACAAAAGAUUUCUACAUGAACUGUAAAUCCACAAGGUUUCGUAUAGUUUUAGAUCACUGAAGAAAUUUUUGGUCGAAGAAAUACCAUUGAGUGACAAAAAAGUGCUUGUUUGUCUGUUAGUCUUUAUCUUUGAUGUCUUCAACAAAUAAGCCCAUCAGAACGAUCCAUCCUUACUUAUGAAUCGAAAGUCACGAAUUUAUCCCACUUGAGUCUUGUGGCCAAUUCAACCCUCCAUGGCAAAAUUGACCUAUACUAUAAGACCACGGGAUCACAAUUUUUUGUCUGUAAUGCUACCUGAAAUGUACGCCCUUUGCACAUUCUAUCAUGUUGUAAGUUACCGCUAAGGCUGAUGACAUUUCGUUCUCUUCCUCGCAGAUAAAAGGUUUACCACCAAGUGUUGAUUCCAAAAGAGAGCUCUGUGAAAUUCUAAGUCGUUUUAUUUCCCACUUGACUAUCUAUCACGCGUCGGUCAAUUACGUUACAACGGAUUACCCAGAAUACAUCCCCAACCAACCAACUAAACUUUAUAACGACUCCAGAGUGGAAGAUGGACAAUUCUCCUUUCUGCGACUGCCAAACAGAGCUGCAAGCGCAGUGAGUAAAAGUUUUGUUGGCUUUAGUUCCUCUGUUUAUUUUAUGGUUAGGAGUAAGAUUAACAUGACUAGGUCUACCAUUUUUUCAUGAAAAUGAGCUUUAAUUGGUCGUAUCAUUGGAAAGCUCCCACCACUCAUCAUCUCGCCUUACGUCUUUUAUAUACGAUAAGAUGGAAUUUACUCUGAAUCAUGUUAUUAUUUCACCUCUUCGUCUGCUUAUCAAAAUUGCGAUUCCUCAAGGAAUAAACGAUGUCAAAUCAUGAUAGUGUCUUGCUUUUGCAUCUGGCACAAUCACCAAAAAAACUUGAUAGAAACUGAAACUAAGAAGACUCUAGACAAGGAAGACACUGUAAAAAAAUUGUUUUCACAUCGUUACUAAACACUUUGGAGCUGCAAGUACAACAGCAUUUCUUCCUUAACAAGGGUAGUAGUCAAUUAUAAAAGAGGGAAUUUCUAAGUUGGGUAAAAUUUAGCUUUAACUCUUUUAAACAUCCUCAAUUCAUCCCUCUUAAGAAAUAUUUGGACCUCGAUAAAUUUAUCCUUCACGAAUAUCUCCGUCACUUGUCGAGGAAGAAGUUGUGGUUUAUUUCCAUUUACACAGCUAAAAAAAACUUCCCUGCCUAUGAAAGCUUGGCGGAGAACUCGCUUGUGUAAACACGACUGCAGUUAUGCGUUUUGGACCCUGCUCGCUUGGUACUAAUUGGUUUCUUUUUGCAGAUCCAGUCAACUGCGUUCAAUAGUCUGGGAAGUUUCCGUUUCGAUUCUUUGUUUGACUACGGCAACGAGCUUGACGACACUAAGGCUGCGAACCUGGUCAAUGCAUACUACUGUCGACUAAUGGACAAGGUUCAGCCUUAUUUGCAAGCAAGAAACCGUCUGCGGGAGAAGAAUGGCUACCUCGCAUAUCCGUAUUUUAUCCCAAAAUGGCUGCCCAAUGGCAUUCAGACUUAAUCGAUUGUACUUGUAGGAGAGUGUAACUUUUGUUAGAUUUGUGUAUGUGUACAUGGGUUGUUAUUGGCGUAGGGUAUAUAAUUAUUAAAUCUACGUGUUAUUUUGGCGUUUCCGGCUUAGAAUCAUACUUUGCUGAAAGGUACUUAAACUUUGUCAACCAUAGUUGGAGGAAAAAAUUUGCUUUUACUAGUUUAGUGUGAUUUUUGACGGUAUGGUUACAAAAAUUUUUUCGCCUUAAAACUAACGUGGGAAGGGCUGAAAAAGGUAGAAUGAGGUGUGGGGCUACAUUGAGGUUGUGUCUGUAUUGCAUUAGGUAAGUGAGGAUAUAAAAAAGGUUCAGAUAACACACUGAUUAAAAAUAAUUGUUGUUAAUGAUACCGGGAAACUACUGUUAUGCCUUGGAAGGCAGAUUAAACAUUCCUCAGC